CCUGUACCAUGGAUGUGGCCAUUUCUCUCCUUGUCCUCUCAUCACUCUCACAGCUUGUGGCACCUCAGGCCGCCACACAAAUUCCAUUUCGACCCACUGUCGAGGUGAUUUCAGGAGAUGUGAGGAUCUUCUCCAGGGAGACCUUGAGGUUGGGAUGCAGCGUCCCUGUCUCAUACAAGUCUGGCUGGACUUUCUGGUGGUUCAGAGGAAGCGAGAAGCUUCCACAGACGGGGCAGAACCUCACCCUGUGGAAUGUCAACCUCAAUGAGAGUGGAAAAUAUUCCUGCCAAGGGCUGAGGGACUCUCUUCUGGGAACCAGGAAAACUCUGAAAAGUCUACCCGUCGAGAUCGACGUGGAUGGAGGUUGGGCUAUGCUCCAAGCCCCAGCCCACAGUGUCCUUGUUGGAGAGACUUUGAAAUUGACAUGUCACCUCCGAAUGCGUCUUCCUCUGCACGAGACAAUCUUGUACAAAGAUGGCAUCGAAGUAGUAAGGCAAAAUGGCCACAGCCAAGACUUCUACUUGACCAACGCCACCCUUCUGGAUGAGGGAAUGUACUCUUGUAGACCGUCCUGGGAUAUGAGAGGACGCACGCACUCUGUGAUUUCAGUCUCCACUCCUGUUCAUGUAUUAGAGGUUCUGACUCGGCCCCUGUUGGAGAUUGAAAAUCAGAGCAACUUUCAGAGAGAAAGGAGAAUGAAACUCAUCUGUCAUGUACAGUACAACACUCAUGGUCCCGCACCUCCGCUGUACUACUAUUUCUACAAGGCUAACAACCGAUUGGGAUCGGCGAGCUCAAAUAAUUACAUGUGGGUGAGACAGGCCCCGGGACAGUACAGCUGCAGGGCCACGGUGCCGGUGUUGGAUCUCUCCAGGUGGAGUGAGACCAGAGAUUUUGGAUCUCCACAGCCUUGAGAUUUGUCUAGAGAAUCUGAUCUGUCUUAGGUCUCACCAUCCUCUGCUUUUGUUAGAAGUUACCUUUAGAAUCAGAACCAGAAUCAGGCUAAUGAUAUGUGGCAUAGCUUUCCUACAUUAGUCACUGUUUCUCUGUGUUGUAUUAAUUUUUCCUUAUGCAAGAUAUCCACUUACCGUAAUCAAGUCAUUUUUUCAUAACUAAAUGGAGAGAUAAAGUUGCAAACAACUAAUGUCAUGUGUUCUGCAAAUAAAGCAUUGGAAGAAUGAUCUG